GAUAUUUAAGAAUUCAACCCGUUCGCAGUGACUUUCAGUGCUGUGUGAUCAUAAAACGGUGUUAGACGUGUUGUUUCGCCCUCAAGCGAGCCACAAAACAGAAAAGUACAAAAAAGAAAACCCUGAAAUCACAGGCAAUCACAGGCUAGAGUUCAGUGAUACAGACAGAUGGAUAUUAUUAUUACGGCAGCAGUGACAAGAACUCAAGUGCUCGAUAAACACAUUCCCGACCAGGGAAAACAGUAUAAACCAGUGGAAUCCAAAGUAUUUAAUAGCAAAUUGUGUACCAGUGAGCAAAAGUGAACAAACAAGACGACGGCAGCGAUUUCCACAAAAGCGAAUUCGAUCGGACACAAUUGAUACAACACUCAGAACCAUGAAACUAAGACUUUUUCGGUGCUUGCGCCAGCAGCCGUCGAAACCAGCGGCGGUAAUGGGCCAAAAGGAGGAUCAGCUCCAGGCGGCGCAUGACCACCAACUGCUCAAGGACCUGCCCAAAGGAGUGCGGGAUACCACCGUCAAGAUCCUGCUCCUGGGCACCGCCGAGUCCGGCAAGACCACCAUCAUUAAACAGAUGCGGAUACUGCAUAUCAAUGGAUUUACAGACGAUGAGCGUCGGGAAAAGAUACCCGAGAUAUACCAGAACAUCCACGAAUCCAUUCUGCAGCUGGUGAACCAGAUGGGCCUGCUGGGCAUCCCUUUCGGCAGCUGUGUCAGCGAAAGAUCGGCCGACUAUAUCCUCUCCCUGCCCGGACUGGCGCCCGAGUACAUGAAUGAGGAGUACUGCGACCACGUCACCACUUUGUGGAACGAUGUGGGCAUUCGCGCCUGCUACGAUCGCUCGAAUGAAUACCCCCUGCUGGAUAGUGCCAAAUAUUUCCUGGACAACUUUGUGCGGAUCAGCGAUGCUGAGUACAUCCCCAGCACCGAGGACAUCCUGCACAGUCGGAAGAUCACCACCGGCAUCUCGCAGAUCACCUUCCGCGUUCCGAUACCCAAGAGCAUGGGUGGCGGCGAACAGGAGUUCCAGAUGUACGACGUCGGCGGGCAGCGGGAUCAGCGGAACAAGUGGAUCCAGGUGUUCGAGGGCAUCCAGGCGGUGCUCUUCCUGAUCUCGUGCAGUGAAUUCGAUCAGAAUCUGCGCGAGGAUCCCGGCCAGAAUCGCCUGCAGGAGGCGCUCAAACUGUUCCGGGCCGUGUGGCAGAAUCGCUUCCUCGCCUCCGCCGGACUGAUUGUGUUCCUCAACAAGUACGACAUCAUGGAGCGGAAGAUCCGGGCCGGAAAGCACAUCGUCGACUACUUCCCGGAGUACGAGGACUUCACCAAGAGGCCGCAGCAGGACAACUGCUUCGACGAGAGCGACUGGACGAAGAUGUUCAUCAAGCAGAAACUGGUGGACAUCACCCAGGAGCCCUUCAAGCGCCACUCGCGGAACCAGGUGGACCUGGGCACCUCCGAAAGGGAGUGCUACUACCACUUCACCGUCGCCACCGAUACGCGCUGCAUCCGCGAUGUCUUCUGGGACGUCCAGAAGAUGAUCCUCUCGGAGAACGUGUCCGGCAUGGGACUCUUCUAGUCCUGAUCCCCUGAUAUACGGGAUCAGUGAGCUUCUCAAUAAAACUGGGGGGUUUUCCCCAGCCCCCACCAACUGUGAUCUAGUAGGUUAUGUCUUAAGUAGCCUGUAGGACCUUAGAUCGUAGUGGCAAUCAGCUUAUACGUUGCCUGGUAUAAAGCUUUAAUAUGCUUAAUGCAAAGAAUAUGGAAGAGAAGCCUCUCAAGGAAGCCUCCCUUGCAACUCCUUCAAACACUUUGUAACCCCUAUUGAAUAUAGUAUUUAUAAUAAACCAAACAAACCACACCCCCUCUAA